AUGUCCGCCGACUUUUGGGCUGGCUACCUGAGCGGUGCUAUUGGGAUCAUCAUCGGUAACCCGCUUGACAUUAUCAAGGUUCGACUACAGGCGGGACAGCAUGCAGAAGUCGUUGCAUCAUCAACAACCCAGCAAUUGAGCCGCCUGGAAAGUGUCACUUCUCUUGUGCGAGGCUCGGCUGCUCCAAUACUGGGUUAUGGAGCCCUAAACGCUCUGCUCUUCGUGGCCUACAACCGGUCAUUGAUGACCCUGGACACAGCCAUUACAGACCCGACCUCACCACAAGGAACGUCUCUGUAUAAAGUGUGGCUCGCAGGCGCUGCAGGCGGGCUAGCCAGCUGGACUGUAUCGGCUCCCACAGAGUUCAUCAAAUGUCGAGCCCAGCUGGACACCCGGCCCGGGAUCUCCUCCUGGACCGUCGCCAAAAAUAUCAUUAGUACCCGAGGCUGGAGGGGCCUAUACUAUGCAGGAGGAAUCACUUGCGCCAGAGACGCCAUUGGCUAUGGAUUUUACUUCUGGUCUUACGAGUACUGUAAGCGUCUCAUGAACUCCGAGGAUGAUACUACGAAUAUGGCUGCAUUGAAGAUCCUUCUCUGCGGCGGCAUUGCUGGCGUCAUCACCUGGGCGUCGGUCUUCCCUCUAGACGUGAUCAAGACCAGGCUGCAGGCUGGGACAAUUGAAACAUCUCCCCAAGAUUGCCCUCUUCUACCGUCUCGCAUACAGACACGCGAUGCAGGCUCCAUUCAAGUUGCCAGGGAGGUCUAUCAGACCGAAGGUCUGAAGGCAUUCUACCGCGGUCUUGGUGUGUGUAGCUUUAGGGCAUUCAUCGUGAAUGCGGUUCAGUGGGCGACUUACGAAUGGCUUAUGAAAUAUCUACAAGAAGCAUGA